GUUGGUCGGUAUGGGCCAUCAACUUCCCACAACUUCCACUUCUCUCUCUCAGGGUCGUGAUUUUCUGCCGCCAGCAACUGCGUACACUCAUACUGCCCUGUUGUACCCGACAUCGGAUGAACUCUCCCUCAUGUUAAUCUUGCUCGCUUCUGGUUCAUGUCUCCAUUGUAAAUGGAUCGCCCAAGUGGACCAGCCAACGACGCCCGUGGCGUCGUUUGACCGCACACCAUGUGGUCAACUAGUCUGUGGCGCUACUUAGCACGACGUGGGAUAAAAGUGUAAGACGAUCUCGUUUGUCCUUUUCUCUUCUACUUCGGUCCUUGUAACCGUCACUUUGUGUGUGUGUGUCCUUCAGAUCUACCAAACAUGGCAAUUCUUCCCAAACUCCGGCCGGGCUUUCGUCGAACAGCGACCGAGGAUGCAGCUAACACUGUCGCCAUGAGCUCGGUGACGGAUAACGAGAAGAAUCCGGCCACUGCCAACGAUGACAUAUCACCAAACACCGUCAACAGUGAUGGAGGACAACCACCGGACAAGCCGGUUGAAGAGGCACAAAGAGGUGUUCAGAACGUCGAGGCUGUCACUCUGACAUGGUCAAAGAAGUCUCUCAUUGCUCUCUUUAUCAACAUGUGGUUCUUGUACUUUGUCAACGCAUUCCAGUCUUCGAUCCUCACCAAUCUCGUCCCGUACGCGACCAGCGAUUUCGAGUCGCACUCCCUGCUGACGGUCAUUUACAUCGUCGCCAACGCCAUGACUGCCGCCGUGUACAUUCCUCUUGCAAAGCUACUCGACGUGUGGGGUCGAGCCGAAGGGUUCUUGCUCAUGAUAGCGUUCGCCACCUUGGGACUGGUUUUGAUGGCUUCGGUUGACAGUUUGUCGACAUUCUGUGCUGCACAGGUCUUUUACUCGAUCGGUUUCGGAGGCAUGAUUUACAGUAUCGAUGUCAUCACGGCGGAUGCUUCUCAAUUGAAGAAUCGAGGCCUAGCGUACGCGUUUACAUCAUCGCCGUACAUGAUCACGGCGUUCGCCGGGCCCAAAGCAUCGGACGAGUUCAACGCCCACAUCAGUUGGCGCUGGGGGUUCGGAUGCUUCGCCAUCAUCCUCCCAUUCGUGGCUGCCCCUCUAUAUUUCAACCUGAAGUUGCACCUACGAAAGGCUGCGCAGCACGGUAUCGUCAGACGGGAACGUAGUGGCCGGACAUUGUUGCAAAACAUCUGGUACUACGUUCAGGAAUUUGACGCUGCCGGCGUCUUCCUCUUUGCUGCGGGACUGACAGUCUUCCUCCUUCCCUUUACCCUCGCCGACACUGCUCCCAACGGCUGGUCGACGGGGUACAUCAUCGCGAUGAUUGUCGUGGGAUUCAUCGUCCUCGGCUUGUUCGCCCUACACGAAGCCUUCAUCGCACGCACACCCUUUUUGAACAUCGGCUUGCUCGUCAACCGCACCGUCAUCGGUGCCUGUCUCUUGGACUUCACGUACCAAGUCAGCUACUACUGCUGGAACAGCUACUUCACCUCGUUCCUGCAGGUGGUGAACAAUCUGUCCGUCGCGGAGGCGGGUUACGUGAGCAGCACGUUCGACGUCGUCUCCGGUGUCGAGUUGUUCCUCGUGGGCAUCCUGAUCCGCAAGACCGGGUACUUUCGGUGGAUGUUGUUCGUCGCCGUCCCGCUGUACAUCUUCGCCCAGGGCCUGAUGAUCUACUUUCGCCGCCCGAACCAGGACAUCGGGUACAUCGUCAUGUGUCAGAUCUUCAUCAGCAUCGGCGGGGCCAUCUUCAUCAUCAUCCAGCAAGUCAGUAUCCUCGCGGCGGCGGACCAUCAACACGUCGCCGCCGUGCUGGCACUCCUCAACGUCGUGGGCAACGUCGGCGGGGCCGUCGGCAACACCAUCUCCGGAGCCAUCUGGACAAACACUUUCGAAAAGGCCCUGGAGAGGUACCUGCCGGAAGACGCGCUGGGCAACCUCGCCGACAUCUACAACAGCCUGGACACCCAACUCAGCUACGCACCUCACACCCCCGAGAGGCUGGGUAUCCAAAAGGCCUAUGGAUACGCGCAAACCAGGAUGUUGGCGGUGGGGACCGGUUUGAUGAGUCUGAGUUUGAUCUGGAUGUUUGUGAUCAGGAACAUCAACCUCAAGAAGGUCCAACAGACCAAGGGUACCAUAUUUUAGGAGGGGGCGGAAAAGGAGUGGAGAUACGAGUCAGGUGGAAUGGACACCCGUUUCGGUCCAAGGAGGUUUGACGUUGAGAUGAUGAGUAGUGAAAGAAGAGCAAAUAUUGUUGAUAGACCAGAACGAUCGUGGUGUGAUUUGGUUUUUGAGCGACAUGAUGUGUGAUGUAUUUGUCUGUUGAUCAGGUAGCAACAGUGAGUGAAAACCAGAAAUGAAUGCAUCGUUUGUCGGUCAGUGAGUCUAUGUUGUACGAUUGAAAUGGAAUCAAGACGAAGUACGUCCAUGACAAACAUACGAGGGGUGACCAUGUCUUGUUUGUUUGAACGUGUACAAAUUCAAACGUUUUCCUAGGUAUGUAAAUAGUUAUCCGUACUGUGUGUACUAGACAGUAUUUAGAAAUGCAGGAUGAGGUGAGACGACAGGGGUGGGAUGUGGGAGAUUUGUUGGCUUGUUUUGAG